CAUCUUGGGGAGCCACCACCACCUCCCCUGCACCAAGACCCCCGUGUCCCACCCAGAAGGGUGCAGAGGACCUGGCUACAUGGUGGUGGGGGGUACCAGCCCCCUCCCUGCAGAGUCAAGGCGAUGCUGGAGCCUCUGCGCUGGGACAGACUGUGCCAACCCGCCGUGCAUCACUGCUCCCUGGGGACCCCCUCCUCUCUGCAGCCUUUCCAGCUGGUAGGGGGGGACAGAAGGGGGGUACACUCCUCAGGCUGGGGCACAGCCAACACACACUGGGACAGUGGGACUGUCGCCGUGCAGCUAGCAGGACACAGGGACAGGGGCUCAGAGCCCACUGCAUCCCUGAGGCUCAGUGCUGAGGCAUUGGGGGGGGAUCCGAGUCCCCCCAAGAGAGCUGGGGGGUCAACACAGAAGGUCCCCAGCUCUGCCCUCAGGGGACAGGAUGGCUCCUGGGAGAGCAGAUGUGUGCCGUGCACGAGGGGCAGCGGGGACAUGUGCAGCCACCCAGGCUGCCCUCUGCAAGGCCACGGCCGGGCACCGGCAGCUGGUGCUGCAGUUGGGGGGCAGCGCUGAUGGCCCCCGGCUGCGGGAGGAGCGGCGCAGGAGGAGCGCGGAGGCCCGUGAGCUCAGCACCGGGCUGCGGAAGGCGCUGCUGGCGGGGCUGCGGCAGGCACCGGUGAGCCCCGAGGAGCAGCGGGAGCUGGAGCGGCUGUGGGUGCUCUUCCUCUCCGCCCUGGAGCUCUUCCUGCAGGACCUGCACCGAGCCCACCACCUCUGCCAGCUCUUCUCCCUGCAAGGGGGUGGCACAGCUCCACUGCGCACCGGAUUAGGGGGCCGGGGGCCACCCAGCCGCAAGGGGAGCCGGCGAGGGGGGGGUCCUGCGCAGCCCCCAACCACCCUGUGCCUGGAGGAGGAGAUCGAGCAGGUGAGGGCCACGCUGGCAGAGAUGGAGAGCGGAGCCAACAUCCCGCUGUGGACGGUGGAGCCCACCCAGCCAGGGGGGACCGGUGGCACCGCAGCACCCACAGCUGGCACCGCUCGCGCUGGGCACUGCUGCAGGGUCCUCUGACUGGGGGGUGGGAAAGGAGGUGGCAGGGCUGUCACCCUCCAUGCCCACUCAGGCACCAUGGAGCAGGGGACAGAGCCCUGUGUCCCCCCUGGUGUGGGCAGGUGAGGCUGGGGGGCUGCCCUCACCUGGUGGAGGGAAUAAGAUGAGCUCUUGGCACCUUAAGUGUUAAAUAAAGCCCCUGUUAUCCCACCGGGGUGGGUGUCCCUCCCUUCCUGCCCACGCUUGCAGAGGGGCCAGGGCUGGGUUGACCAAAAGAAGGUACCCCGGACACUCACGGUGUGCCAGACUGCAACAAGACCCCUAGAAUAAAAGUUAUAAGCAUGCAUUUAUUUAUACAUUAA